AUCAGAUUGACUUAAACCGAAAGUACGGCGCGAACGGGACAAGGUACGUGUGGGUGGAAGCUGGCCAAGUUUUGUCGAAAGAUCACUUGUCUGAAUCAGAAGUAGCUCUGUGUGAGAAAAGAUGGCCACAGGAGGUGACACCAGCAGCCGUGACCAGGCAGUCGUUUGCAGCAUCUGCCUGGAGGAAUACAUCGACCCCAAGCUGCUGCCUUGUUUCCACACCUUCUGUGUGGAAUGCUUGGAGCAGCAUGCUGGAAGGACAACCACCAGUGGUCACUUCCCCUGCCCUCAGUGUAGGGGAAAUGUCAAGCUACCUGCAAAAGGUGUCCAAGGAUUUCAGACUAAUUUCUACAUCACCAAUAUCAGGGAAAUGGGUAAAACUAACCCAUCUCAAGCUCAACAGAAGGUCAUCCCCAAGUCACAAAAUAUGUGUGGCAUAUGCAAGAAGAGUGCAGCAAGAUUUGAUUGCAGGACGUGUCACAUGAAUCUCUGCAAUGGUUGUAAGAAGAACCAUAAGAAGCCAAAGUCACAUAGGAACCACCAUGUGGUUCUCAUCCAAGAGGAAUCGGCUGCUGCAGAAGUUAGUGAGAUCCUGCUGUGCCCAAAGCAUCAUGCCAGGGGAGAGAUCCUCAUCUAUUACUGCCUCCGUUGUGAUGUCCCCAUAUGCAUGUCCUGCAAGUUGACUGCCCAUGAAGGACAUAAGUCAGAGGACCUGGAGGACAGAGUCAACAUGAUCAAGAAAGAGCUACGUGAAUGCAACUUUGAGGCGCAGAGAAUGUGUCAUAAGCUCGAGGAUUUGAAUGAUAAAGGUGUGAAGAUGGAGGUGAGAUGCCACUGGAAGGUAGAUGAAGUGAUGGAGCAGAUUAGUAGUGACAGGGAAGUUGUUCUGAAGCUAGUCACUGAACGUUCCAAGUGUAUGGAGGGCAAGUUGAAGAAGCGAGCAAAGGCCAGUUUCAACACCAUUUCAGCCCAUCUUGAGAAAAUUGACAUGGAUCUGAAGCAAUUGGAUGAAGUGAAGAACAAAAUUACAAAUACUCUGGAGAAGGGUUCCUUCCAAGAGAUGCAGGACAGUCGCAAAGAAGUAAAGCACUUGAUGGCCUGA